AUGAGUAUUGCCCUCAACUGGAUCAAGAUUUGCAUCAGGACACAAGUCAGUAGAUCCUAUCGUCAACCUCCAUUUUUUUGGGAAGGCUUUGGACCUUAUUCUACUAGCAUAAAGAAAGUUGAGAAGGAAAUCGCCAAGAAGAUUAACGAUUUAUGUGGUAUCGAGGAAUCUGAUACUGGUUUAACUGCAUCUAGCCAGUGGGAUCUUGUUUCCGAUAAACAAAUGAUGCAAGAGGAGCAGCCUCUACAGGUUGCAAGAUGCACAAAGAUUAUUAGCCUAAAUAUUGAAGAUGCCAAAUAUGUCAUAAAUGUUAAGCAAAUUGCCAAGGAGAGCAGCAUUGAACGAGAUGACAUCAAGGAACCUUUCACAGAGGUAUCAAUGUUUAAGAAGAACUAUGAUCAUUUAACGAAGGACACUUAUUUUGGCAUGUAUAAGGAGGCAACCCGUGGCAAUCCGAACUACUUUUUGACCUAUGGAAAUGGGAAAUCAGCUGCUCGAGUCCAAGACCAUCUUCGUCCCAAUGGUGCGCACAGGUGGCACAAUUACAUGAAAACUCCAAACGAGAUCAAAUUGGAAGAGGCUGCUGUUUUACAUUACACAUAUUCCAAGUUUUCUGACUUGACUUCUAGGCGGGAUCGUUGUGGUUGUAAGCCUACGAAGGAGGAUGUCAAGCGAUGCUUUAUGUUGGAAUUCGAUAGAUCUGCAUUUAUAAUUGCUUCAACUGCCACAGAGGAGGAGAUGUUAAACUGGUAUCGAGAGCAUGUUGUGUGGACUGAUAGAACUCUCAAUUUGAAAUUGUUGAGGAAGGGAAUCUUAACUCGCAUAUAUGCUCCCAUGACCAUCAUUCAAGGUUUGAGGGAGUCUGGCGUAUUUGGAGCUGUCAUUGCAUCCGCUCAAGGAUCUCUCUCCAAGGACAUGUUUUUAGCUUCCGUUGACAGCAGUAAUUCCUCAAGGACGACUUCUGGUUCUGAAUCAUUUUCAUCGAGGAAGAUAGGUAGGAGCAUAGAGUAUCAGGCGAUAGCUAGAAGAACUCUUAAAAUUAUUCCCUUUGCACCUCACGAACCAGCUUUCCCACCAUUGUCUCCCCCAAUCAUGGAUGACGACCACCUUAUAAUUGAAGCAUAA